UUCGCACUCAACGAGUAAGAAGCAUUUAAUUCCGGAAAGAGCCGAUCUGCUUCAACUACAAAUUUCAAUCUCGCGGCCUUCUCCUUCUCCAGUCUGUGUGUGAGUGGGUAUAGGACUCGCCUCAAGAUGGGUUCUGUUUCUCUUAAAAUAGGGGAUGGCACUGCCAGAUUUAAAAGAGCCACUUUGUGUUCUUCGGCAGUCAACAUUCUCAUGAUCUUCUGUGUUAUCACUACCAAUCUUUUUGCCCUCUAUGCUUUCACUGCUUCCCCAAAACACCAUAGCAACCACCUGCUUCUCCACACUCAAAAGAACUUCUCUCUCAUUUCUGAACAGGUCUCUCUGAUACUGAGAGAGAUCGAUACGUCUCAGAAAAAAUUGACCCAGAUGGAAAAGGAGCUUCUUGGCUAUGAAAAUGUUGACCUUUCCAGGCCUAAUAUCGCUGGCGAACUUAAACUCUAUCUCCAGCAUCACCAGCUCCCUCUGGGCAAAGAUUCGAGAACUGGGAUCACUGAAAUGGUCGCCUCCGUUGGUCACUCCUGUGAGAAAUCAGCGGAUUUAUUGUCUCAAUACAUGAAUUACAAGAUUGCUGGACCUUGCCCCGAUGACUGGAGUUCAGCGCAGAAACUGAUCUUGCGCGGAUGUGAGCCUUUACCGAGGAGGAGGUGCUUUGCUAAAUGUUUCUAAGGUAGGUCUUUAUCCUUUUCCUAUUUCCCUUUGGAAACCUGUGGGUAAAAGACUGUUAAC